CAUGUGUUGCAAAGUCGCGCCGCCCCCGUCUUCCUUAGUUCGUCUAACGUGGGCGGGUGGAGGUGGAGGGUGGGACACUGGGAAAUCAUACAUACAACAAGUCUCUGUCUGGGCUACGAGACGAGUACGGCUAUGACUGACUGCGUCUGGAAAUAUGGAAUGUGGGCGUCGGACGCACACAGCUAGCUGACCGCCUUGACCGCCCCGACCGCCACGGCACCAUGCUAGGUGAAGACAUUCUUUACCUUUGUCUUCCCCCUGUCUGCACGACUGAAGGACUAAUACACCGAGACCGUGCACACCAACUGCGACUUGCUGGUCUGGUGUCUGGCGUCUGGUGUCUGUGUAUUACUGUAUGUACACUGGCUGUUACAUACGACCUACCCUACCUAUGCUGCACACUGCACUGCACCGCAAUGGACUGGCUCCCCUGUCUCCCUGCCUCUCCCUGCAACCCACACGACACUUACUCCAACCUAGCCCCAGUUCCCAGGACCCAGCUGAGUCGCAGGUCUCGUAGCAGCGCGAGGCCCGACCUUUCAAGGGCACUAUGCCGGAUCCUAUCGACUCUCCUCGUCUGCCACCUUACCACACUGCAGGAUAGGCUAGGCGUAGGUGUUAUUUUGCUCUACUCGUCACCCUCGCUCCUCUUCCGUCGGGCCUGCUCUUUUGCCCUUAGAACAACCAAACCCCCCCUUGGCGCUUGGCCCCUUGCAAAUGAUGCACAAUGGACUGGCUCACCUGGCUCCCAAGCUCCAACUGGCUUAACUAUCCCAUUCGCCGCUAUUGGCCCGAUCCCUUUCGACAGGCUCAUUAACGGGCUGUACAGGCUGCCCUGCUUCCUGUUACUUACUGCACCCAGCACUGCCAGUAGUGCAGUAGUGCCACUGUCCGGGGCUCCCUCUUGCUUGUCUCGCUCGCCCGGCCAACAUGCGCCGCACGGAUCUCCGUUGCGCCAUGAUACAUACCCGCGCGCGCUCAAUGUCCCUUUCUCUCUUUGUGACUUGGUCACUCCCACAGUCCUAGUGGUGUUUCUUUUGCUCGCCAGUCUGGUCGUGGGCCUUGAACCAUGAUGCACCACCAUGGUGAUCAGCUCCUGCUCGCGUUCCAGCCGUGCGUUCCACUUUCACAACGCCGUUCCUUCACGAGGCCGGUCCCUUGUAGUCUCCCUUAGGUAGGUAGGCAUUCAUCACCCGUCCCUUGUCUGCAUAUUCCUCCCUCUUAGUAUGAGUAGGACCACGAGUCUUUGCUUAGCAGCUUCCCAUGACUUGUAACGCCGCUACGUACCC